AUGGCCGAGCAGACUAUUCCGAGCGAUGCUAUUGAGGUGGAGGUGCGUAUUGAACCUGAUGAACACCAGUCAGACUCAGAGGAUGAGCCGCAACUGGGAAUUCCACUUAGCACUGGGACAUCAUUGGCUUCCACAGUGUUCAACUACAGGCAGAGCUAUCAAAUACCUAGAAGGGGUUAUGGAUAUCAUGGACUGAAAGACGGGGCAUACCUUUUGCCAAAUGACAAAAGAGAGCAAGAUCGCAUGGACUUGCAACACUUUAUCUACUGUCGGGUAUUAGACGGUCGACUGCAUUGCGCUCCGCUGAAGCGGGAUCCCGGACGAGUGCUUGAUCUAGGCACAGGGACGGGGAGUUGGGCGGUUGAGUUUGCUGAUCAACAUCCCACAACAGAAGUUCUCGGAACGGACCUAAGCCCCAUCCAGUGCCUCUCCACCCCACAAAACUGCACCUUCGAAAUCGACGACUUCGAAACAGAAUGGCCCUAUCCCACCAGACCCCAAACAGGACUCUACGACUACAUCCACGCACGCGAAAUCACCGGCUCAAUCCAAGACUACCCCAAGCUCUUCGCACAGGCAUACCGCCAUCUAGCGCCCGGGGGUUUUCUGGAGAUGCAGAGCAUGCAGACGAAUUUCUUCUCGGAUGACGGGACGCGCGAGAGUGCUGUAACAGCUGUGCGGUGGCAGGAGAUGCUGGUGGAGGCGAGUAGGAGGUUCGGGAAGGAGUUGGGUGUUGAGGAGAGGUGGAGGGUGGGGAUGGAAGAGGCUGGGUUUGUGGGGGUUAAGGAGAUGGUUUAUAAGGUCCCGCUAUCUGCGUGGCCAAAGGAUCCGCACAUGAAAGAGCUGGGCCGGUAUCAGGCGGCCUACACGCAGAAGAUGCUGCAGUCAUAUUCACUGGCGCUCUUCACGCGCGUGCUGGGUUGGAGUAAGGCGGAGCUAGACGCGUUGCUGGAAGAGGUUGGGAAUGAUUUGAGGGAUCCGAAGGCGCAUUUAUAUGCGAAAGUAAGAGUUGUGUACGGACAGAAGGGAGAGUCGGAGUAA